GAACGAAGAACGAGCCGUGGUCUCGGCUCGAGUGUCUGCGAAUUGGGACGCCGGCUCGGUGGUGUCGGACCCUCCGAGAAGAAUCAGCCGCGGUCUCGGCAGCAGCGGGACACGCGACCGGAGCCCUCCUCGUCGACGGCUCGAACAACCGGAAGCGGUCCGCGCCUUCCCUCGUUCGAUUUAAUUCGCUGGGAAGUGUCUCGAGCGUGUCUGCGAAGUUGAAGCGCGGUUGCAACGAUCGAGGUUCGAUCGAGAUCGACGGAUAUCACGGAGAAAGUGGCGAACACGUGGGGAAGCGUUCUCCUCGAUCGAACUCGUGGUAGUUUCGAGCCGCGCGGCGGAUUAAGCAUUAUCACCGCCGAGAGCAUGAUUCGGGCAGCCGUCGGCGCGAUUAGGCCGCCGCCGAAGCUACUACUACUAUCUCUAGCUACAGGAAUUUCUCAAUUCCGACACGUCGUCGCUCGUUGAUUAAAGCCUCGCGGAAAAGGGAACGCGUCAAAACGAUCAAAGACGUACGCCGAGCGAUCUAUAUAUCGGUGCGUCUUCCGGAUCUUCGGUUAAAGCGUUCUCGUCCGGUGAGGAAGAGCGUCGCGAAAAGCUGCCCAAGAUUACUGUUAUUCGAAGACAACCGUAGCGAAACACCGGAGAACGAUUAUCGCCGCGCAGGCUCGUGGGUGGCUCCGGAAACUAAGAGAAAGGUACUCUUUUCCAGCCGAGUGCUCUGUUAUCAAGGUGUCUGAUAGAUUCAGCUGAUUUUUCUCGUGCUAGUAGGAUUGCUAGCCGGAACGAAGAAUGAUUUCGACAUACGAACAUAAUUGGAUGGAACUCUCGUAAGCGUGAUCUUGAGCGAGAUCGUUUGGAACAAGUACCUUUCCGCCGUUGUGCAUUGUGUGUGUUCAGUGAUUUGUUCCCGGAAAAUUGGAACUCGAAGCUCUCCGUUCGUGAGAGUUGAUCGAAUUCGCAAGGAACAACGAUCUAUGAUGCCGCGGAAAGGGUUUCCGGUGCAGAGGCUGCUCCUGGGCGCAGCGUUGCUGGCCAGCUGUCUGCCGAUGAUCGUGUCAUCGACGUUGCCUAGAGAAAGGCGGCACGUCGAGGGGUCCAGUCAUCGUCCAGACAGAGCGUACGGGCUCGGGAGCCGCGGAUUCAAGUCGUCGACCAGGAGGGAGAACGAGAUCACCACCGAACCCGGAAGGAAAGUGUCGCACCGUCUGGUCGGAGGACACCUGAGAGGCGAAGCCGGCCAGGCGAAAGACGACGCGCUCUGGGACGACGGGAUUCUGUUGUCCUCGGCUGGGAACGGCAAGGAGGCGAAGCCUAGCCGCAAGGACGACGACGACGACAAGAAAACGCUCUCGCAGCAGGUCAAAGAGGGCAAGUACGGUCUGAUACAAAACGAGAUCUACGGGAACCGGCCGAAGAGGCCUGGGAUCAUCAGCUACCUGGGCAACCCGGAGGUGCCGAAGGACACCGUAGAGAAUUUAGGCGGUCUAGACGAGGACGAGAUCUGGCUGGCGGAGAAUCACGUACUGGUGUUGCGAGGCGGGAAAUUUCCUGGCCAUGAAACCACGACGAGCAAUGGGGAGUGGGAGACAUGGCCACCGAUCGACAAUUACAAGGCGCCCAGGAGGCAGGUCAAGAUUCCACCGAGGCCCAAGGUACCGCCGCCCUUUCCGGUUCAGCUCACCGACGGCGGCCCGAUCCAGAUCAUCGGACCCAACGGAACCAAGGAGAUCGGGAACGGCACCGACGUCGGGAAGGACUCGCUGUUCACGAAGGGAUUCCUCUCGGAGGACGGCCCCCUCUUCGCCAUCAUAUCUAACGGCACUAUCGUGAUGCCCAAUGCGAACGACACUUCGGGGGAGAAUAACAAGGGAACGAAACCGGACUCGAUGACCGGUCUGCCGCCAUUUUAUCACGCGAUACCACCUGGCGCGGUGUUCGUGCCUCCUCCGAGCAAUCAAUCCGACUACGAUGAAGAGGAUCAGUCGAUCUACUAUCCCCCGCCCUACAGCUUCCAGUAUCAGCAGGACAAUGCUACCGCAGUGCCGCCAGGUCCGCUAGUGCCGGGCAUUAUUCUGCCACCCCCGCCAGACUUCUUCUCUGCUCUCGACGACAAGAAGACCACCACGAAGAAGUACAGCAGGCGACCCGGUACCACUCCGGUGCCGCGACAGAGGCCCACGUAUCUGCCGCCUAGGAAGCUCACCUCCAAGUACAAGAGUACUACCAGUGCACCGGUCGCUAAGACGCGGACGUCCGUCACGGUGUCGACCAGCACGAAGACUUACAGAACGACGAAACAGAAGAACGCUACCACACUGGCACCCAGCAGAGUCCCCACUUUGCCGUUCGUGGAAGUCACGACGCCCACGGUGGACAAACCGACGACCCUGGAUAACCCUGGGUUCUACAGCGUCGGGCCCAUAUUGGAGAACCAGGUGACCAAUCAGGAGCCUGUUCCGAGGAAGAACGAGGCCUGGUCUGGCGUAGUGACUAGCAAGACGCUUCCUCUGUUGUCCUAUUACACCUCGACGCAGUCCACUUUGGAGAAACCGAUCGAGGUGACACCAGCUUCGGUAAAGACCAUAGUCACCACUGGUAACCCUCAGAGAUCAUCGAACCAGGCGUCCUACUACUUUUACGAAGAGUCUAAUGAGCCCACCGCGACCACUCCGGAUCCAGCGGUUUAUUUCAAGACUACCACAGAGACGCCUUUCUACGAGGACGUGGUGACACAGCCUCGUCCAGUGGAGAAGAAGAAGCAGUUCUACAGCGUGGAGACUAUCCCGUCGCAAGAGACCUCGAAGGACUACAAUGUGAAAUACAUCGACUCGGUGGUGAAGAACUCGGAGCCGGUUCGUUACAGCGAUUCCGUGACACGGACGUCGACUACCAGGCCGCAGGGUCAGCGGAUGAUACCUGAUCGCGCGUCGCUUUACUAUCAGGCGAUAUCCUCUCGGCCUGUGCAGUCGUAUUACACGACGCCAAGGCCGCAGACGUACUACAGGCAGGACAAGCCGAAGCCGAUCUACCAGUACAGCUUCGAGGCUGCGGACUACUCGAAGAGAGGCAGCCAGCGGCAGUUCGAACAGCAACAGCACACCGUGCCUUAUAACGAGUAUAGGGACGUGAAGAUCUUCGACGGACCUAGGUACGAUUACCCGCAGAACGAGCCUACGAAGCAGCUGAGGCCGCAGAGUCUGCCCUUCAAGAAUCAAUCGCCUAUCUACCCCUCGACCACUGCUAACCCUGUCGUGAACACUACACCUAAUCCUCACUUGUCGUAUUAUACUCAGCAAGACGAGAAACUGUUGGACGACGUUACCAAGGAGUACUUUACCAUCUUUGGUAAGAAGAUCCCUCACAAGGGCAUACCCAGCACGACGCCGAUUUACUCGAAGACCACUGAGAGACCAGAGUUCAGUGGCUACAUCGAGAACAACUAUAACACUCCUGAACCGCCAGUGUUCAAGACACCUAAUGUGAAAGUGCACUACGGGGACCAGUCGCAAAGGCCUUACUCCCUGAAAGACGACAUCCUGGUGAACUUUCGACAGCCUCUGCCUCCCAUCAACCCGGACAGCGAGUUCAUCGCUGUAGUCGACCAGAGACCACCUAAUUACAGGGUACCCAGCAGGGAGAGUCCACCGUUAGCUGCCCUCAGAGCCUACCCUGACCAACAACUGGUGAACCAGGCCAACGGGCCUUCGACGAACUAUGUCCCCGUGGUGGAGUCGGCGGAGGAGAUCGACGAGUCCUACGGCCAGUUGCCUAUCUCUUUAGAGGACGACAUCAAAGUGAACUACCGAGACCCCCGGCCGACCAUAAAUCCCGACGCGGAAUUCAUCAGUCCCAUUCCCGUGCCGGACAACCAGCCGGACAAGCCGAAGGCGUACUUCGCGUACCGAUUGCCAGGUGACGGCGGUCACUUUUACUUCCUGACGCCGCAGGCCGUCACGCAAAGGCCAGAAAGGAACGCAGGACACCUUUACCCGAAGUCGAGGGACUCGAGGCUGCUGAGACGUCGACGGCGACCCGACAACGUCUGAUCAUUCUUUGCCAUAGGCGGACGCGGGCUGCCCCGUGGGGCAUCGACGAGAGCGGCCUAACCACGCCCACUGAAGCGAUUCUACAGAGGCUUUCCGACGCUGCUUGCCCCAGGGGGCAAUCCCGAGUGCUCCCAGAGUGGCCAUGUCUGCCAAGAGAGCCGGGCAAGGGCUCGAACUGUUUUAGUGUAUCGCAGCGAUUCGUGUGACGUUGCAAAUGGCUGGCGAAUACAGUGUUCUUCCCCUUUCCUCCUCCAUCGGAGGAGCGUAAGCAUUUUAUUCGUAGCGUCGCGAGCCUUUUAACAUCGCGAUUUUAUCGUUACCUCGUCGCCUUACUAAUCCAUCGUGAAUCAAGUAAAAGUAGUAGGCGAAAGAGCGUCCCCCCUGUUUCCGAGCAUUCGCGCGACGUUACAGAGGAAGUUUUGUAUCUUUGUUCCAAGGCGUAACUAACAGCGCACAGGUUUUUGGAAGAGUAAGAAAGCGACGAACAGAAAAGUACAAUUAUUCGCGUCUUCAUUUGCUUCGGGAUGUCGCGCGACGCUAUGGAGGAAAUACUGUAUUUCUGUUCUACGAUACGAUCAACGCUGCACAGGGCUUUUGAGAAAUGAAAGAGCAACGAUGCUGUAUUUCCACGGUGCAGUUGACAGUGCACUUUGAGAUAGAUCGAAAGCAACGAGCUUUCCAGUCGUAGGACGUUACGGAAUAUAUGUAUAGGACUUUUCGAGAUUCAUUUUUGUACGAGAUUGUGGUUCGAGGACAGUUAGGCUUGACGAGCGAGGAACACGGUGGACGCGCGUCCACGGCCGUACCGUUAGGAUAUUUAUUACACGUGUAAAUAUAUAUGUAACGACUAGGGUAGAUGAUUAUCAACGCCUUACUUACGGUAUAAAUGCUUAAUUUAUAUGUUACCCUGAUCCCUUCUCUCCUUGCCUCCCGUAUCAUAGGUGUAACGAUACAGACGCGAGAUACUCGAUUCGCGUGUCGACGAUAGCUGCGUGUAUGCGCGCGGUUAUUAACAGUACUCGCGCAUUGUCUGUGAUUAAUGAUCGAGGUAAACAUGUACGUGUAUGUAUAUAGUGAAUGAUUAACGAUAGCGGUGAGCCGAUCGUAGCUGCGUUUUUCGUACGCCUCUUGCUGGGCGAAGCAUGAUAUCCGAUCGAAUAAACAGUGUUCUUAACGCUUUACCUACCGACAAUUGUUUGACAGUCCUCUCGAUAUCAAUAGCUAGGUCUCUACAUUUUAAUCGUAGUUCUCAGUAUAGCAAUGUUGAUCGUUCAGAAGCUAUAUUGAGCUACGUGAUCUAAUACGAUUUCUCUUUAGGUUUACCAGAGAUGACAUUUUCGUUCAAUCAUCUCCGACACUAUAAUCUAAUUGUAUCUGUUAGAAUGAUUAGCCGAAGGAAGAUCUUUAAGCUCCUUUGAGAAUCUAAUCAAGACUUCUGGUAGGUAAAGUGUUAGUCGUGAAACUUUCAUGGGAAAGAUUGGCUCUUUCUCUGCGGGGAACUAAGACGAGAACAACGUGGCUGGUACUGGAUUAAAAUUGUAAUAAAUUGACCGGUCAAGGUCAGCAAGGAAGUAAAUCGUCGUGAGAUUCGGGCACGAUGAUAAAGAAAUAAGUUAUUUCUGUGCACUAUGCAAGAAGGAUAUUUCUCAUUAAUAUCUGUAUAAUAGGAUGAAGUUUAAUUGAUACUUUAAUCAAUUCCUAUUACUUGCCUUGUGUAAGAUAGUCAACGAUUACCACGGACGUUGCAGAAAAAAUCGGAAUUAUAUCGCCACUUAUUAAAAUUCGAGAAUUCUAGUGUAAAUAUACCGAAGAGUAGAAAACUGUGCGCCGUAUUGAACGAGAUGUUAUUUAAUAAACGGUAUUGUUACUAUACGAUUAAAACUAGUUAUCCAGAAACUGCGAUCGUUUGCAUACUAAUUGUGACUUCCAAUGUAAUGGCAAACAAUCUCCGAAAGGUCAAUUAUUUAAACGUGGAAAUAAAGUGUACCAUAAAAUGA